AUGGACGACAAGAACAUCCAUCCAUCUGAACUUCUCGAGUUUGCGACUUUGCCAGCCUCGCCUCUACACCGUCCACAACAUCAGUCGAAGCUCAAUGAUACCACAGCAGUCGAAGCGCAAACCGUGCGAGCAGACUCGGUGGCAACAACCGAGGACAGCCAGAAAGGCCACCACCACCACCUUCAACGGCUGAAUUCAUGGCACUCAGGAAUUCCCACCAUCACCACGGCGGCCUUGACCGCGACGCAGCUCGAACACAAAAUGACGUUCCGCAACGCGUUGAAGGUGUACCCCAAAGCGAUCUUUUGGGCGGGCCUGAUAUCGCUGGCCAUCAUCAUGGAAGGCUAUGACACGGCGCUGAUCACGUCGUUCUAUGCCUUCAACGAGUUCCAACAGCAGUACGGGAUCCCUGACAAGGCCGGUGUACCGCAGAUCACGACCAAGUGGCAGGCUUCUCUGAGCAACGGAUCGACCGUCGGGUCCAUCAUCGGCCUGUUCGCAAAUGGAAUCAUCACCGAAGUCAUCGGGUAUCGGCGAACCAUGAUGGGUGCACUCGUCAUGUUGGGCAUCUUCGUCUUUCUCCCUUUCUUCGCCUUCAACAUACAAACCCUCCUGGCGGGACAGAUCCUCUGCGGCCUCCCAUGGGGUGUGUUCAGUACUCUAUCCACCACGUAUGCUGCCGAGGUCGUGCCCCUCAACCUCCGAGGCUACCUGACGAGCAACAUCAACCUGUGUUGGCUGCUGGGCCAGCUGGCCGCGCUCGGGAUCCUCCGCGGCCUCGCGGGCGUGCAAUCCACGUGGUCGUUCCGCAUUCCCUUCGGCCUGCAAUGGGUCUGGAUCGUGAUCCUGCUCAUCCCGACCUGCUUCGCACCGGAAUCGCCGUGGUGGCUGGUGCGACACGGAAAGAAGGAGCAAGCAAAGAAGGUCCUGCUUCGACUGACGCGCUCGACGUCUGACUGGGAAAUGGACAACACCAUCGCCAUGAUGGAACACACGGAACGGGUGGAGGAAUACUCGAGCUCGAAGAUCCCAAAGUCAAAGUCCACCCGCUUCAGCGACACCUCGUACGUUGCCUGUUUCCGCGGCUCGAACCUCCGCCGCACCGAGAUCGCAUGCAUGGUCUUCAUGACCCAGAACAUGUGCGGCCUGCCCAUCAUCGGGUACGCCGCAUACCUGUACAAGCAGAUGGGGUUUGACGAGCGCCGCAGCUUCGAUAUCACGCUGGGCAUGCAGGGCCUGGGCAUCUUCGGCGCAUUUGUGUCGUUGGGCCUGUUGAAAUAUGUCGGCCGCCGCCGCACGCUGUACCUGACCGGUCUGGGCCUCCUGUUCGUCACGCUCGUCACGGCCGGGAUCGUCAGCUGCCUGCACGAGACAAACACCACGCGCUGGCUGACCGCCGCGCUGAUUAUGCUGGUCAUCUUCAUCUUCGACUGCACCAUCGGCCCCCUCACAUACUGUCUUGUCGCCGAGCUCCCGUCGAACCGACUCCGGGUCAAGACCGUCGUGCUCGCGCGCGUCGCAUAUAACAUCAAUUCUCUGGUCACCAAUCUGGUGAUACAGCGCAUGUUGAACCCCUUGGCCUGGAACUGGCGGGGCAAAGCGUGCUUCUUCUGUGCGUUCCUCAAUUUCCUGUGCUUCGUGUACUGCUUUUUCCGGCUGCCCGAGACCCGUGGCUUGAAUUUUCAUGAGCUGGAUAUUCUGUUUGAGAAGGGCGCUGCGGCGCGCAAGUUCGCCGCGUUUCAGAAGAUCUUGGAACAGAAUGGGUAUUAUAGCUUGACUGAGGAAGGUCAGCCUUAA